AUGGGAAAGCAAGAAAAGGGAAAAAUGAGGAAUAAAAUGGAACGAGAGGAAGAAGUUGCUUGGGAUUUAUUAGAUCGUUGCCUUCUUCCAAUAAUAUUUUCUCACGCAUCGGCCGUCAUAAUAUCGACCGUAUUGAACACUCUUUACAUAUCUCAAGUUUCGUCAUUUUCGUUAUUUUUACUAUUUCUAAUAUGCAGUUUAUCCGGAGUUUUUUUCUACCACAAUUUAAAAGUGAGAACGGCUGGAAAAUGCGUUUUGGUAACGUCAUGCGAUUCAAAACUCGGUAUUGCAUUGGUUAAACAACUCGAUGAUUUGGGAUUUACCGUUUUCGCGGGUUUCGUUAAGAAAAACGAAGAAUCAAAUAAACUCAAAGAAGUGACAUCCGGUCGUUUGCACAUAAUCGAACUCGAUGUAACAAACGAGCGACAAGUUUUAUCAGCGGCGGAUUACGUUAAAAAAAAUUUACCAUCGAAAACAAACGGUUUGUGGGCUUUGAUCAACAGCGCGCAAUCCGCGGCUUUCGGAGAAGUCGAAUGGGUACCACCCGCUGUUUUCCGUCAAGCCGUAGAAGUUAAUUUAUUAUCCGUCAUAAACGUGACGCAAACGUUUUUGCCACUUUUGAGAAAGUCAAAAGGUCGAAUCGUCAACAUCGUGAGCGUUCUCGGAAGGAUUUCGUCACCCGUGAGAGCGCCAUUUUGUUCCAGCAUGUCGGGCGUGGAAAGUUUCAGCGAUUGUUUGAGAUUGGAAAUGAGACGUUGGGGAGUGGAUGUCGUCGUCGUCGAACCCGGGGAUUUCACGACCGGAAAUCUAUGGUUUAACGAUCGUAAAAUGUUACAAGACGCGAAAAAAAUGUGGAAAGAAAUGCCGGAGGAAACGAAAGAAGAUUACGGGAAAGAUUAUUUCGAAUACAAAAUCAGAGGAUUGGAAGAAUACGCGAAAGAACCGGAAACGGAUUUGACUCCAGUUGUAAAAUCGAUAAUUGAUUCCGUUUGUAGAACUUUUCCACUUCCGAGAUAUACUCCGAUAACGAGAAGAGAAAAAAUGAAGGUAUUCGUAUCCGAUCACUUACCAAGGUCUGUCUAUGAUAUUCUCUAUAAUUAA